UUUCUGCAUUCCUGGCUGCUUGCUUCUGCUGCUGAAGGGGGAAGGGGCUGCCUCCUUUUACCAGGACAAGAAAGGGACGUCAAAUCUUCCAGACCACUUCCUCUCCCAGGAAACUGUUGAGCACAGAUUACAGUUAAGAAACCAAAGGAGCGUGGAUGAGAAAGAAAAAGAAGAGAAUUGGGGAGAGGAAGAGGACCACAAUACUUGUGAUCAUAGAUGUACUGAGAUCUAACAAAAAGAGUGGGAUAAAGAUGGCUGUUCAACCAAUAGAAGACAAUUGCAUGAGCUUUGUGGAAAUGAGAUUUAUUAACAAUACGCUUUACUUUGUAGCUGAAAAUGAUGAAGGCCUGGAAUCAGAUUACUUUGGCAAGCUUGAACCUAAACUCUCAAUCAUACGAAAUUUGAACGACCAAGUUCUCUUCAUAAACCAAGGAAAUCUACCCGUGUUUGAGGAUAUGCCUGAUUCUGACUGUUCAGAUAAUGCACCUCAGACUCUGUUUAUCAUUAAUGUGUACAGAGACAGCCUCAUUAGAGGUGUGGCAGUAACCAUCUCUGUGAGGUGUAGGAAAACUUACACUCUCUCCUGUAAGGACAAAAUUGUUUCCUUUAAGGAAAUGAGCCCUCCUGAUAAUAUUGAUGAUGAAGGAAAUGACAUCAUAUUCUUUCAGAGAAGUGUUCCAGGACAUGAUGAUAAGAUACAGUUUGAGUCUUCAUUUUACAAAGGGUACUUUCUAGCUUGUAAAAAAGAGAAUGACUUUUUCAAACUCAUUUUGAAAGAAAAGGAGGACUUUGGAGAUAAAGCUAUAAUGUUUACUGUUCAAGACAAGAACUAGAUAUUAAAAUUGCGUAGUUUGACCUUUCUGACUUUGUGUCUUUCAGAAAGGUUAUGAGUUUGAACCUGUAUUACAAUGAUGAAAUAAAAUGAAUAGUGCUCUCAAGAGGUACCACUAAUAAAUUAAUAAUAAGUUUUCACAAAAUUGAAAUGGUUUCCCCUUAUCCAGGUGAAAAAAAUAUUUGUAUAAUGUAAAAAGAAUGCUUGGUUUGAAAAUACAUUCUACAUUGUUAAUUGAAACGUAGAUUGUAUUCAGUAGAAGUGUUCUGAAUAUUUUGGGUUCUUGGUCCUAAUGAUGAAUAAUACUGAUAUUUGAAUUUUCUAGUUUUUAAGAAAAUAAUUUAGACCAUAAAUAUUUUAUAAGAAACCACUUCAUUUGAGUAAUUUCUGCAUUUCUUCCAAAGUCAGGAUAUCUUUAAAAGUCAAAUUGAUCCUGAAUCCAGCAACAUAGAAAAAGGAUUAUACACUCUGAUCAAGUACCGUUCAAUCCAGGAAUGCAAAGAUGGCUUAAUAUUCUAAAAUCAAUUAAUGCAAUACACCAUAUUAAUAAAGGAUAAAAACCCACAGCCAUCCCAAUAAAUGCAGAAGAAAGUUUUUACAAAAUCCAAUUUGUAUUCAAAAUUCUCAACAAACUUGAAAGAGAACUUCCUCAAUGUGAUAAAGGGCAUCUAUGAAGAACCUAAAGCUAACGCCAUGCUUAAUGAUUACCAAAAAAAAAAAAAAAAAAAGAA